AUGCUUUCUGCGCGUAGGUCAAUGCGCCUGGCUGUCUUUGCCAGUUUGGUUGGAUUUGGCGCCACCACGCUGACCACAACCACGGAGACGAUCACCACCACGCUGACCACAACCACGGAGACAAGCACCACCACGCUGACCACAACCACGGAGACGAGCACCACCACGCUGGCCACCACGGAGACGAGCACCACCACGCUGGCCACCACGGAGACGAGCACCACCACGCUCACGACUACCACGGAGACGAGCACCGCCACGCUGACCACCACGGAGACGAGUACCACCACGCUAACGACUACCACGGAGACGAGCACGACCGUUGCCACCAGCACCACCUCGUCUUCCAGCAUCUCGGUGCCACUGACAAACACUAUGGCAUCUUCCAGUCCAGCGGUCGUGAGCCAGACGACCACCAGCGCCCUCACCAGCCCCACUGAGUCCAGCACGAGCCUGGCCAGUACCACAGAUGAUAUAAGCACGCAAACCAGCGCGACUUUGUCUUUGACCAGCACAACGGAGACCAGCGCCACAGAGUCUAGCACCACAACUCUGACCAGCACGACGGAGGUCAGCGCCACGGAGUCCAGCACCACAACUCUGACCAGCACGACGGAGGCCAGCGUCACGGAGUCCAGCACCAUAACUCUGACCAGCACCACGGAUACCAGCAUCACGGAGUCUAGCACCACGACUCUGACCACCACCAGAGAGACCAGCACAACUCUGCACCAACCGACCGUGACACGAGUCUCCACAGAGAGUACCAUCACGGACUCUAGCACAACUUUGGCCGGUGCCACGACGGUCAGCUCAACUGCCGCAGCCGACGACACGGUGAUGGUCGCCGCCGCCAGAGUGGAGGGCUCCCUCACGCUGUCCGUUGCGGACGACGCCGCUGCCGAGGAGCUGGUUGCCGACGAGGGCGUCGCCAAGGGCUGGCGGCAGGCCAUCGCAGAUGCUGCCGGCAUCUCGGCCGAGUACGUGCAGCUGACCCUCACCAUUGUCUCGGAGCGCCGGCGGAGCCCUCUGCGCCGACUUGCGGGCGCGGCAAGGAUCUUGGUGACUUAUGUGAUUAUCGUCCCGGCCGUCAACCAGGAAGAAGCAGCGUCGUCAUCCAGCUCAAUUGCUGCGUCCAUAGUAUCAGCAUCGCAGGAUGGUUUGAGUGAGAGAAUUACGCAGGCAGUGUCCGAGGUCAUGGGUAUAGAUUUCGAAGUUGUGGUCGAGACAAUCGAAGAACCCACCGCUGGAACCGUGAUGCAGGUCUCCCUGCACUCGACGAUCACGACUUCGAGCAGUAGUCCAGAGGCUUUACGAAGCAGACUGAGCUCCUCCGCCCGCUCGGGUAUGCUCGGUAUUGGCAAGGCGUUUGCUGUCUUGGUCACGCUGGCUGUCGCCUCGGCGUGCUGA